CCGUAAAUAACAGUUAUGGUAACUUAUCCCCAGGUAGGCAAAGUAUGUGAUCUUCAAUCGCCAGAAUAGCUUGAUGAAUUAUCGUGCCCCUGUGAAAACUGUGGAACUAUGAACACCUCUCAGUUGUCGAAGCUGCGUAUCCAUAGUAACCAAACGCAGACACAAAAACACACUCAGUUUCGGGUGAGGUGAAGUGGAUAUACAUAUCAGCUAUGGGUCGGGAUUACUACGCCGCGUUGGAAAUCAACAGAAAUGCAACAGAUGCGGACAUCAAAAAAGCGUAUCGACGUCUUUCGUUGAAAUAUCAUCCACAAACUAAUGACAUGCCAGGUGUUUAUGAAAAGUUCAACAAGCUCGCAGAGGCCUAUGAUGUUUUGAGUGAUCCCCGGAAAAAGGCCACAUACGACAAGUUUGGAGAAGAAGGUUUGAAAGGGGGUAUUCCAGAGGAGGGAAAUGGAGCUUGGACAUCAGGAUACACUUAUAAUGCAAAUCCAGAAAAAAUAUUUAGACAGUUCUUUGGAGGAGACAAUCCUUUUGCCGAUUUCCACACAAAAGAGGGGGAUGAGGCUAACGUUGCAUUUGGUGGACUGCGAGGUAGAGGAGUGAAAAAGCAAGACCCACCUAUUGAGCGAGAUCUCCACCUAGCCUUAGAGGAUCUCUUUUAUGGAUGCACCAAAAAAAUUAAAAUCUCUCGCAGGGUUAUGAAUGAAGAUGGACACACAUCCAGCAUCAGGGACAAGAUUCUUACCAUCAAUGUCAAACCAGGAUGGAACGAAGGGACCAGGAUAACAUUCCCAAAAGAGGGAGAUCAGGGCCCCAAUAAUAUCGCAGCAGAUAUUGUGUUCAUUGUGCGUCAGAAGAGUCAUCCCCGCUUUACCCGCCAGGAUGACGACUUGAUUUACACCUCUCAUAUAUCUCUGGAGAAGGCCCUGACCGGUUUCUCUGUGGCUGUUGAGACACUAGACAGCAGGCUUCUCAGCAUUCCAAUAAAUGAUAUUGUGCAUCCCACUUACAGUAAGGAAGUACCAGGAGAGGGAAUGCCGGCAUCCAGCUGUCCGAGUACGAGAGGGAACCUCAUCAUCAAGUUUGUCCUUUACUUCCCCCAGAAGCUCUCCGCAGAGAAGAAACAACUCAUUAAGCAAGCUUUCCAUACCUGACUUUACAAACCAAGAUCCCUAUUCAGAAAUCACAAAACGUGUCUAUUCAAGACACUUAUACACCUAAAUAAAAACUCAAAAAACAAA